CAGCGCAAUCCCAUGUACACUUACAGCCCACACUCAGACCGGUAUCUUGCAGCAUGAGGCAGCCCUCCUCUCCACAGGAGCCGGAGACACCUCAACAGGGCGAGUGGAGUGGGGACAGAGUGUGCGAGAGAUCAGGGUGGGAGGACAGGGUGUGUGCGAGAUCAGGGUGGGAGGGAAGAACUGCUGAUCUACUCUGUGUUCCCCUUAUCAAGCCAACUUGCUCAGAGACCUUCUGCUCAUCUCUUUCCAUCCUGGAUGUGACAGCCAUGGAAUAAUCUCUAUAGUAAACUCAGGUGAAGCCUGAUCUCCCACUGUGGGCAGAGGAGGUCAUUGCUGGCUACAGAAGGCAUGGAUGGGACCACCCUAGCAGUCUAAUAACCUGUGUCCUGGCUCUCUGACCAUGGCUGUACAAGCCAUCAUUUUAAAUGAAUACAAUGGAUCCUUGAGAUAUACUCCUUGUGGAUUAAUUCCCUGUGGAUCUUAAAGCAAAACAUUUUAUUGUAUUUUUUUUGUAAUUGCUGGACCAUUAACCCUUUACUUGUUCUAUACCUGCCUGGGUGCCACAAGCCUUGCUGCCUCACUCAUUUACCCAUUUACAGGAGAGUUGGCUUCAUGUAAUUUAACCAUUGCAUUGCCUCUAAGGAAGAGGAUGCUUCCCAGCUACAGGUUGAUAUGUCGAUAUGUGGCUGCUGUGUACAUCCUCUUCCUCCUGUGGAUUGGUCCAUCUUCCUGCCAGGUACAGAGGACGCCAUAUCACAUAGGAGCAGUCAACCUAUACGGCCCUGAGCACAGCCCCCCUCUGGCCUCCAGUAAUGAUUGGAGUUCAUGGCAAAGUUGGUCCCCGUGUUCCCGAACCUGUGGUGGAGGAGCUGCAGUGCGCACCAGGCAGUGCCUAAUCCGAGAUCCAUUGGGCCCACCAUGCCACGGAGACCAGAGACAGUACCAGGUUUGCAAUGGGAAGGACUGUCCAUCAGGAGUGAGUGAUUUCAGACAUUUUCAGUGCUCCGCUUACAACCACAAGCCUUUAAUGGGGACUUACUACAGAUGGACUCCCUUUCACUCAGGACAAAGUGACUGUGAGCUCAGCUGUUUGGCACAAGGGCAAAAUUUCUAUUAUAAUUUUGGCCGGGUUUUGAAUGGUACAUCAUGCCGCGCAGAUUAUGAUGGGAUCUGUAUCAAUGGGCAGUGCUUGCAAGUCGGCUGUGACCUUAUCCUGGGAUCCGAUGAGAAGACAGACAUCUGUGGUGUUUGUGGAGGAAAGAAUGUUUCUUGCAGACAUCACCGCAAUACCUACACCACCAAAUAUCCAACUUCAGGGCUCUUUGGAUACAGUGAGGUGACCAUGAUUCCUGCAGGUGCUACUCACAUCAAAGUGAUGGACAGGAGUAACAACUACCUGGCUCUGAGAGACAGAAAUCAUCAUUAUAUUAUAAAUGGGAACUGGGCCAUUAACCAUCCUGGAGAGUACAGUGUGGUUGGGACCAAGUUCCAGUACCGGCGCUCUGUUGACAAUCAGGAAAGCUUUGAGGCGGCUGGGCCGACUAAAGAAGAUCUGCACGUUAUGAUCCUAUUCACAGAGCAGAAUGCUGGCAUCGAGUAUGAAUUCUGGCUUCCAAAAGAUUACUAUAUUCAGCAACAAAGAGACCGCAGCUCACUGCACGAACACACAGAGGAAGCAGUGACUCGGGCUCCUCCACCUACUACACAGCCAGCACCAACCACCAAAAACCAUGCACGAAGACCAACAACUCCAGCAAAGAGACCUCACUACCACCCACGCCUCGAGAGGGACAACCCCGAGUGGAACCAGGUUAAAGAAUCCAAAGCAGACAAUAAAUGUGGAAAAUGCAGAAAAGUGAAAGGACGGCAAAACAAAAUCAAACAGUAUUGUCAGAAGGACUUUGUUUUCCGGGGCAGAGUUGUAAGCAAAAAGACUGUUGGGAAGGAAACGUGCUAUGAUAUCCAAGUGAUGAUGACUUACAAGAACAACUUCCCAAUCCUAAGACGGGAAUAUAUGUGGGUCCCAAAUACCUGUGACUGUCCUAAUCUGCUGGAGAGAAGGGAAUAUAUCAUAAUGGCCCGUAGACAUGUUAAUUAUGAAAACACACUUAACAGGAUAUUGCUGGAAACGGACAGCUUUGUACGUCCCUAUAGACCAAGGGAGCAGAAGACAAUACGGAAUCUUGACCAAGAAUGUGCCAAGUAUGGAUAUCAAGCCAUGACAAAGCAGGAUCAAUAAUUAUUUCCAUACAGGACACGUUUGCACUGAAUAACACUGUAAAUAAUCAUUAACUGUGACUUUGCAUAGCUAUGCACUGUCUUGCCUUGUACAGCCUAUUUAAGUAUGUAUUGGACAACUUACAUUAGCAAUAAGCUACCAAAGGCCUAUAAAGUUAAUUAUUCCAAAUGGCGCUCUGCAUUAAUUCUCUAACUGCUGGAUGAAAUGGUUCUUUUUUUUAAAUAUAUGCAAUGCACUUUCAAUUAUAGACUUAGGACCAGUGGUAUUGCUUGGGGGCUUUAGGGGCAUAAUUGUCACUGUAGUGUUUGCUAGACACCGAGGUUUGUGUUUUGACCCCUGCUUCUUUCUGCAUGGGCAUCUGGUAAUGUAUUUCUUGCACAUAAUGUGAACUUAUGUGAUUGUGCAUUAAUACUACAUCUCAUGCUGUGAACCAAAGACAACAAAUGGAGACAAUGGUGAUACUGGGGUGGCUAAGGUGAGUGGAGGGCACUGGAGUGAGAAUAAGAUGUUAGUAGAGGGUGAUGGAGGAUAGUGACAUGGGGUGGGGGAAUGGCUACAAGAGUAGGAAAGGAGAACCAUAGUGACGGUUUCUCUAGUUGUUAUUGCAACUUUUACACAGUGUUUUCAUAAAAUACUGUUUUUGGUUAAAGUAACCCUUGUUGGCUUGUCUGGCGCUCCACCCUCCAUAAAAAAUUUUUUUUAUAAACUUGACAUUCUAUCCUGCGCUUCAGUUCUCCGCAGCCUGAUACUCCUCUGGUGACAUCACUUCUCAAUUCAAAACAUCCCGGAGUAUGGACUUAGCAGAUAACUUGGGCACCAAGGAGGUAGAAGGCAUGGCACCAUUCGUCUUCUGGCUGUUAUGCGUGCUGACGAUAGAUGCCAAGAGUGCACAGAAUUGACAUUAGGCAGCCUGGAAGUCUUGUUCUAAACAGGCAAUUAACACAGCCAGAGGUGGAAUUACACUUCCAGCGGCAAAUUAUUUUAACUCUUUAUGUGCAGUGUUUCUCGUUGAAAUGCUGCUUUAGUGCUUAAUGUGCAUUGUUUUUCGUUUUAAUGCUGCAAAUGCAGACCCCAAGUACCAUGACUAUUUCAGUGAUUUGAAGUUGGUUCCUGGUGCUUGGAGUAAAGAUGCAGAGUCAGGGCAAGGAAAUGAAGGUUUGAUUCUAGCUAGAGACUAAGUAUUAAUUGAUGUCAUUGGAAAGGAUUAAGAGAUGGAAUUGGGAGGGGUAAAGGGUGAGAUCUUUUCUUUGGACAUUUUGCAAGCUUGCACCUCACAAUGAAACUCCUUUUGCUUGUGUGCAGAUGUGUGUCCAGGCAAGGUUUGCGCACCAAAAUAUAAGCAGGAUUGCAAAGAGACUUACCUGGACCCAGAGGAGACAUUUAAAGUGCUCACAGCAAAGGUGUGAAUGUACCUAUGUGUGUCUGUUGUGUGAAUAUGGGUCACUGUUUGUGAAUCUGUAUGUGUGUCAGUGGGUAUGUCUGUGUAUUUGUGUGUAUAGGUGCAUGUGUGCCAGUGUUUAGCAGCAUGUGUAUGUUUGUGUGUAUGUCAGUGUAUCUGUUCAUGUGUAUCAAUCUGUGUGUGUCAGUGUGUGUCUUUUAGAAUGUAGCGUGUGUCUCUUAGAAUGUAGCUGUGUGUGUAUACAUCUGUGUGUGGCAGUGUAUGUGUGUAUAUCUUUAUAUGGCAGUGUAUGUGUGUUUCUGUGUGUAUAUGUGAACACACAUUUGCAUGCAAAUAUCAACAUCACACACAAACUUAUCCCUACAUUCAAGCACUGACACCACAAUAAACCAACCACUGCACUCAACAACAACAUUAAACAGAAACGCAACCCUGUGCUCAAACUCCAACACUGUACACAAAAACAGUCUUGUGUGCAAACACCAUCACUGCACAAAAUCACACCCCUGCAUUCAAAUACAGACACUACACACAAAUACACACCUGCAUUCUAACAUUGGCUAUAUGCACAAAUGCACAAACAUUCACACACAUACUUCAUACAAAAAUACACCUACAUUCACACACAAGGCACUGUACACACAAAGAUUUGCAAAUGGUAGAUCUACAGCUAAGAAUUGUCAGUUAUAGGACACUUGAGAUCUACCUUUUAUUCCACCUCUGAGGGAUCUUAAUAGUAGUUACCCGCACUCUGGGAUUUGGUAUCCAAACGUUACUUCUUUAUUUCAAAACCGUCAUCUAACAUGUUAAAUCUUCUGGUUCCUUGUGAACUUUCUUCAGGACAAUCAAGAUUCUCCUGAAGAAAGUUCCUAAGAGGAACUUGAAUUGUCCUGAAGAAAGUUCCCAAGAGGAACAGAAACAUUGACAUUUUAGAUGACUGUUUUGAAAUAAAGUAACAUUUGGAUACCAAGUCCCAGAGUGUGGGUAACUACUAUUAUGCUCCCUAUUAUAGAUAUUUGAAUGAAAUGGUUAUUACCAAGCACUAGCCAUUAAGAGUUAUUGUAGUUGGAGUGCAAAGCUUCACAGAUUUUUUUAAAUCUAUAACUAAAAGCAAAUUCAGUUUUGCUGAAAUGUCUAUAAAGUGUUCUUUUUUUUUUUUCUUUUUCUUUUUUUUAGCAACUGUAUAAAAUAUAUAUUCUACUAUAUUUAUGUAAAGAAGAAAACCUAGAGGUGCAUAUACUGCAAGCGUAAUUUAUUUUCACGAGCUUGGAAAAUGAACUCUAAACUUAUAAAGAGUCACGCACAGGUGUGUAAGAAUUUCUAUAUUUAUACAGGGUGGUAUGUACCAAAGGCGUGUGUGCGUGUGUACACUUAUUGUAAAAGCAUAAAGCAUUUAAUAAAAUAUACCAACAAAUGAA